CGGAAUCUCACUCGUUUUCAUUUUGCCGAUCGCUUUGCCCGUGAGAACCUUUGCUCCUGGCUUAUGGAUUCGCACUGCACAGUGCUAGUGAGAUUCAUUAACAAAAGCUAAGCACAAAUCAAGAAAAGAAAUUUAAUCGUGCCUCGAAAGUGAGGCAAAGGAACCGCGCAGCUCUCGAUAACGUUUUGCGCAUCUUGUUUGGAGUUUUCCGCAAAAUCAGGAACUUCUUGAUCUGGAGUCACCAAAAGGGUAAGGAAAUGGUUAUUUUAUGCGGCCUGUUUGGUGUACAGUGCCCGUUCAUCGCGAAACACCAUCGUAAAAUGGUCAGCUAGGAUCGCUUUGCCUUCAUGGCUUGUUACAAUGGCGAGAUCGGUACAAAAUUUCCAAGCGGACGCUGGGAAGAAUUUUGUAAGGACAGGGCCGAAGUUGCUGCGAGUCAAUUCGCGAACGAAUUUCUCCAGUUUCUAAGGGACAACCCAGUGUACGAUGUAUCGGGAGCUUCUACAACGUUCUCUAAGCGUUUUGUGGAGUAUUUUCUCCAAGCAUUCGAUAGCGAGGUACACAAAGAUGGAUUCAUGGAUUUAGAUGCACCCGAUUCGCCCACCGACGUUUUCGGCCCGGAUGAUUGGGGUUCCAGCGUGCACCUAACGGGAACCUUCAAGCCUCCAGAGAAGAAAUCUAGUACAGAAUCGAGCUUUAGGUUUCUUGAUAAGCUCAAGGACGUAAAAGGUUUUUUCAAACGCAACGUGAAUGAUGAGCUGGGUCCGGCGAAACAAGCGGACUCGAGGAGGGAUCACGAAGAUCAGAGAGUGGUACAUUUACAAGAAGCGAAACUGACAACUACUGUCAAACGAGAAGGGAUCAUGAGGUAUUUGAUGAACUUAGAAAGUGGCGUGAACACGGAGGACUUUUUCUGGCAGAAAUGUCGAGUUGUUUUGUUCAAAGCACCUGGCGGAUACAUGCUAGAAUUUUACACGCCACCAAAGUCACCAAAGCCAAAGACAGGAAUAUUUUGCUUCCUUAUUCACGAAGCAAGACCUGCGACGGAGUUGGAGUUACCAGGCGGAGAAAAUGUAUUUGUUAUCAAGGCAGUGAACAAGAGGGAGUACAUGUUAGCUGCAAAUCAGAAAGAAGAGAUGGAUGAAUGGCUUGCUGAGAUAGGCAAGUGUAUGGAGGAAGAUCAGGGUUCAACUAGUCAGAGGUUUCCAGAUAAGAAAUCUACAGAGGCAGUAGCGAAUUUAGCAAAAAGAAGGAAUGUUUACACUCCCUCGUCAAUCCAAAUACACAACAGAUCUUCAGGAUCCUUUUCCUCUUCUCAUGGGCCACAGACCCCUACAUUUCAAGAGGAUUUACCUCGUGGUCGUCCUCCUCCUGAGCUGCCUCCAAGAUCACCCACUAGCACAGAUUCAGCACCACCCCUCCCACCAAACCAACCUGACCUACUACGGCAGAUUUCUGCUCAAGGGUCACCACAAUCAAGUAGUGAAGAGAAUCCAGUAUGGGUCACAGCUUCUAUUGAAAAUCAUCCACUGGCUAAUUACCCAUGGUUCCAUGGAACACUGCCCAGGAUAGAGGCCUCGCACCUGGUGUCUCAGGGAGGCCAACAAUGGCAUGGGAUUUUCCUUAUAAGACAAAGUGAAACAAGAAGAGGAGAAUAUGUUUUAACAUUUAAUUAUCAAGGGAGGGCAAAGCACCUCAGACUCGCUCUGAAUGUAGAAGGCCAAUGUCGCGUUCAACAUCUCUGGUUCCAAAGCAUUUUUGAAAUGCUGGAGCACUUUCGAGCCAAUCCAAUCCCCCUGGAAAGUGGUGGACCAUCUGACGUAAUGCUAACAAACUUUGUGGUGUAUGUAAAUACUGGUUCACCUCAGCCUGGGAGCUCCUUACAACGUGCGCAUGUGGGUAAUGGUGGAGAAGGGCUGCGACGUUCACACAGCCUCCAAGCAAACAGGAUAACAAGAACAGCAACUAUACAAGGCGGCUCUGUUAGGAUAACAACGAGUGCUUCUAAUAGCCAUGGACAUUCCAGGGCAGUUGAAAAUGCAUAUGCCUUUGUAUAAAGUUGCAGGCUGCAAUAAUUGCUCUCUAAAGCUCUCUAUCUCUGUUUCUGAAUUUUCAGAAUACAUUUAACUGUAACCCUUAUUUAAUAUGAACACAAUUAUGAUGGUUUCACCAUGGACAGGUUUAGCUGAUGUGAGCAUUACAUGUAGCUCAAAGGGCUCUGAUGUGUACAAGAAGUGCUCGUGCUAAUAAAUACUGAUAUGAGAGGACAGCAAACUUUUUUGGCUGGGAAUCACAACAAACUGCCAGGGAUUAGGAGAAUUGACACUUAACUUUUCUGGGAAACGUACAGUGUAGGUCUGCUUAGACCAUAGGGAUCUGAGAAAUUAGUAAGAUCUAUUUGGUACAUCAUGAACAAUGCGCAAGAAUGAGAAAAAUUUGCAGAACAACCUGCUUCAUUAUGAUAUCACUCAAAUAGCAAUUUACAUUAUUAUAUUAUGGACACUCUUUGUGAACAUAAUUGUCUAUCAUAAAAUAAUGCUGAAGGACUUUCUGUUGGUCCGAUCAAAUCAAGGUUGUUCAUGUGACAAUGUUUAUUGUCAUCUUCUCAGCAAACUGCAUAUGUGUGAUUAUUUUCAGAGGUAGAAAUCUACUGACAGUAAAUUUAACAAUGAAUGCCAAUCAAAUAUUGCUAGCAAAUGGGGUUUCAGCAAAGAAGAAGGAAAUAUCUGAUGUUAACUAACUAAGCAAUGGUACAUUGAACUGUACAUUGUAGAAAAGCCAGAACAGCAGAUGACCAUUGUAUAUAAAAUUUUUAUGAAUGUUUUAGCAAAGUCUUUAAUUAUUUAAUUUAGUCAAAAUCCACUGCCCACCAAGCUGGUAUUACUUUGAUUUAGUGGCAGUUGGUCAGAGGUUAGGAGGAAAAUGAAUCAAGUACUUUGUGCAUUUGCUAACAUUUUUGAAUUUCUUUAUUUAUGGCUCAUUACAUUCAUAUCUGUUGCAUGAUUUUAAUGAAGUUCCAUUUAGAAAAAGCUCCAUCUUCUAUUGUAUUGUGGGAAUUGUUUCCUCUUGAUCAGUCUGGCAGUCUGAUGGCAGUGAAUGAAGUUAAAUGAAUGAUAUGUCUUAAAAGUACUGAAAUAGACAAACAUAUCCAACAUAGGCUGGACUGUAGAAUGAUUAGAUCUGAUGGUUUGGUUAACCUUUCCAAAUUUGAAUCAUAACUCUAAUCAAAACUACUCUGAACAAACUAAAGUAAAAUUUUGUUUAGUUUUAAGUGGAAUGCUUCAACUGUUUUGACUGUUAAGGGGUUCUUGAAUUGGAAGGUUCACUUGGGCCAGAAGAAAAAAGACAUUACAACCACUAAUUAAAAGUUCCACUGUACUUCAUGUAACUUCAGGAUACUGUAUUUAACACUGUUGCCUCAUUCCAUUCUUUAAUGUGUUUGUUUGAUUACUUUUUUUAUCAAAUGUACUCACUGGAUUUUAACAGUGAAUAAUGUUAGAAAUAUGGUGUUUUAAAAAGCAUUUUGUAAUAAUUACUUUAUAGUAAGAUUUUUUAAGAAAAAUAGAGAUUUGAAUUUUUAAAACAAUUGUCAUGCCUCAGAAUUGAUUUUUUAUCCAACUCUUGUCUUUUUUUUCCAGGUUUAACGUAUAUUAAUUAUUUGCAAUAUUGUGUUGGGUUGGCUGAAAAGGUUAUCCACAACUUAAGCUAGUAGGCUAUGCAUGAGAAGAAAGGCUGUCAUACAGACAGUAAAAAUCUGUUAAACGUUUCCAAAAGUCCUUAGUUGAAAUUGGUUUAGCAGAGAAGUAUGAAGGACUUUUACCUUCUAGAAAGAUUUAUUGUCACACUCAUGCAAUCUUUAAUGAAGAAGAGAUUUCAAAAUAUAUGUGAUAAGCCAAGGGAAGAGCUGUGUGGUUGGCUUGAGAUGAAGAGGAAUUAUAGUAUUAUUAUUAAAAAAAAUAAUAAUUUAAGUGGAAUAAUAGAAAAAUAACUUUGUUUGGAAUAGUGGUGUUUGUAUAAUGAAUGUAAUUUAAGGACAAAAUCUUCUACGUACACAACAGAAUUAUGCAAAUUGCAUUACUUGGAGUAGAAUUUGCUUUUUACCCACAUCACAACUUCUUGCUUUCACACUUGUUCAACCUCUUUGGCUUUUAUUAACUCAAACGCUCAGCAAUCUUAAGAAAGAAAAGGUCUGAUUUGUGAACACUAGAAGGAGUUAAGGGAAUGAAUGGAUAUUUCGCUAUUCUUCCUCUUCAUACACUGGGAGUUUAACACAAUUUAAUUUACAAUAGACAUUAAUUUGUAUUUUUGAUACCUGCCUGUACAGUUGUACCAGUAAAUUAAAAUUAUAAUGCCUUUUCAAA